CGGGGACGGCGCGAUUGCGGUGGGGGUGCGGGGAAGUGAGGUGCGCGGGCCGAGCGCCGCUUGGGGACGCACGGAAGGGUUUAGGGGCCAUCUGGAUGGAGGCUGAGGGCGUCGCACGCAGGUGGGGUAACCGGAUUUGAUGUCCACCAUGUUCAACCAGCAGCAGCUGCUCCAGCUCCAGCAGCUGCUCCAGCAGUCCCCACCGCAGCCCCCCCUGCCCAUGGCCGUCAGCAGGGGGCUGCCCCAACAGCAGCCACAGCAGCAGCUCCUGAACCUCCAAGGCGCCAGCCCCGCCUCCCUCCUCAACGGCUCUGUGCUACAGAGAGCUUUGCUUCUGCAGCAGUUGCAAGGACUGGACCAGUUUGCAAUGCCACCAGCCAUGCCUGACAGUGUCGGUCUCACCAUGCCCACGGCAACCUUGGGUAACCUCCGUGGCUACAACCUGCCAACCCCGAACCUGACGGGCCCCAGCCUCACGGUCCCCCAGCUGGCCACCCCAAAUCUACAGCAGUUCUUCCCCCAGGCCACUCGGCAGUCCUUGCUGGGGGCCCCUCCUGUUGGGGUCCCCAUAAACCCCUCCCAGAUCAACCUUUCAGGGCGGACUCCCCAGAAACAGGCCCGCACCUCCUCCUCCACCACCCCCAAUCGCAAGGAUUCUUCUUCUCAGACGGUGCCCAUGGAAGACAAGUCAGACCCCCCAGAGGGGUCUGAGGAAGUUGUCGAGUCCCGAACAGACACACCAGAAGACCGAGAUUCCCCACCCUGCCCAGAUGGCAUCGCUAAAGAGAAACACACUGUAGCACCUGAGCCCGAGUCUUGUGAGGCAUCGGAGCCACCGGCUAAGAGGUCAAAGAGCUCGGAGUUGCCCACAGAGAAGGGGGCCCCCGGGCAGCUGCAGGCGAAAGUCCAGCCUCAGGCCCGGACCACGGCACCGAAGCAGACCCAGACGCCUGAGCUGCUGCCUGAGCCGCCGGAAGCCCGAGUGCUGCCACGAUUCCAGCCGCGGGUUCUGCAGAUCCAGGCCCAAGUGCAGACGCAGCCGCAGCCGCAGCCGCUGCCGCUGCCACCCCCGCCUCCAGGGGACACCCAGGCACGGCCCAAACUGCAGAAACAGGCACAGACGCAGACCUCUCCAGACCGCUUGGUGCCGCAGCAGGUGCAGAAGGAGGCAGAGCCACAGAAACAGGUGCAGCCCCAGGCACAUCCCCAGGCCCCUGGGCAGGCGCAGCCGCAGCAGCUGGCACAGACGCAGACAUAUCCUCAGCUCCAGCCACCAGAGCAGCCACCAGGACAGCCUCCCGUGCAGCCCCCUGACCGGACUGAGGGGCAGCCUCAGACCUGGCCGCAGGUGUCCAUGCCAGCAUCGGAGCAAGCACCGGUUCCGGUUCGUUCCACGGUGCCGGAGACACCACCAGACCCGAGAGACGCUGGAGCAGGCCUGAAGGAGGCCUCGCCAGAGCCAGGAGGCUCCCAGGUCAGCGUGGAGAGCCAGGAGGAGUUGACCAGCGGUCUGGAUGUGGGAGAAUGUGAAAAAAGGGCAAGAGAGAUGCUAGGGGUGUGGGGUGCCGGGGGCUCCCUGAAGGUCACCAUCCUGCAGAGCAGUGACAGCCGGGCCUUCAGCACAGUCCCCCUCACGCCCGUGCCCCGCGCGGGUGACUCUACCCCCGCCACCCCUGCCUCCGCCAGCACACCCUCGAAGCAGACCCUCCAGUUCUUCUGCUACCUUUGCAAGGCCAGCUGCAGCAGCCAGCAGGCCCAUCCUUCGCUCUGCUGGCUACAGGAGUUCCAGGACCACAUGGCGGGGGCCCAGCACCAGCAGCGUCUGGGGGAGAUCCAGCACAUGAGCCAAGCCUGCCUCCUGUCCCUGCUGCCCGUGCCCCGGGAUGUCCUGGAGAGAGAGGACGAAGAGCCCCCGCCGAGGCGUUGGUGUAACACCUGCCAGGUCUACUACAUGGGGGACCUGAUCCAGCACCGCAGGACUCAGGACCACAAGAUUGCCAAGCAAUCCCUGCGGCCUUUCUGCACUGUUUGCAACCGCUAUUUCAAGACCCCCCGCAAGUUUGUGGAGCAUGUGAAGUCCCAGGGGCAUAAGGACAAAGCCAAGGAGCUGAAGAUGCUUGAGAAGGAGAUCGCCGGUCAAGAUGAGGACCACUUCAUCACGGUGGACGCUGUGGGCUGCUUUGAGGGCGAUGAAGAGGAGGAGGAGGAGGAGGAGGAUGAAGAAGAAGAGAUCGAGGUUGAGGAAGAAUUCUGCAAGCAGGUGAGGUCCAGAGAUAUAUCCAUAGAGGAGUGGAAAGGCUCAGAGACCUAUAGCCCCAGUACUGCAUACGGUGUGGACUUCCUGGUGCCCGUGAUGGGGUACAUUUGCCGCAUCUGCCACAAGUUCUACCACAGCAACUCGGGGGCACAGCUCUCCCACUGCAAGUCCUUGGCCCACUUUGAGAACCUGCAGAAAUACAAGAAGGCCAAGAACCCCAGCCCUACAAGCAGGCCCGUGAGCCGCCGGUGUGCAAUCAACGCCCGGAACGCCCUGACUGCUUUGUUCACUUCUGGUGGCCGCGCGCCCACCCAGCCCAGCACCCAGGACACAGCUAAAACCCCCAGCAAGAAUGCCUCAACCACAACAGCUAUUCAAGGACCAGCUCAAAACGCCUCUUCUAAGAAGCCUUCCCUGGUGUCCACCAGAAACCAUCACUCCCUCCUCCAUGGCCACUCCUGACCUGCCUCUCAGCAGCACAAUGUCCCUUAGGAUCCAAGGGCUGGGCCUGUGCCCACUGCGGACCCAGUUCUGAGCCAGCCCAUGACUCAGAUACACUCAGGUGCCAGCUUGGGACAGAGGGGAAGCAGCUGGCAGUGUUUGGAAAAGGCCAGGGCUGGAGGAAUGUGUCUGGAAUAUGGGUGCAAGUGUGUCUGCAUUCGGGGGGGUGGGGGGAUGGGGAACCACCAUCACCCAGAGCUGGCACACCUCCCAGAGGACAGAGUCCUGGAAAGUCUCUGCUGGAUCUUAAGAGUCCAACCCCCUUGUGGUACAGAUGGGGAAACCGAGGCCCAAGAAGGAAGGGACCUACCCAGGAUCCUCCAGCUGGUUGGUGGCAUAGCCAAGAUUUAGAGAGAGCAGGGGCACACGGGUUUUGUUCCCAGCUCUGCUCUGCCCCAGCAAGUGACUGCAUCUUUUGGGAAGGGAAUAAGGACUGGGUUGUUGUAAGGAUUCAAAUACAUUAAGAACUCAGACAGGGUCUGGCCGCGACAAGUACUUAGUAGAUGAUUAUUAUCAACCCUGCACAUUUUGUGUCAUGAGACACAGGCCCGAAGCAGGAUGGGGGAGGCGAGUGUUUCCACACCACUGGGGCCAGGCUUUAUCCACGCCAAGGGCACUUCCUAGUUCUAAGCUUUGCCAUCUGCCUGGGACAGCCUCCUCCCCACUGCACCAAGUCCUGUGAACCUACCAACAUCUACUCAUUGUGACACUUAAGCGGCUCUUCCAGAUCACUCCCACCACUGCAGUGGGCUCCACUGCACACAUCUGGCCACUGUUGACCUGCGGUGCCUAGGGAAAACUGGCCAGUCCACCAUUUGCCACCCUGUGGGAGGCCCUCUACCUUUUUAUUAAAUGCAGACCCUGGGUGAUCAAAGUGUUCUAAAACUAUUGUGAUGGAUGUACAACUCUGAAUAUCCUAAAACCCACUGACAUGUAAAAUUUAAAUGGAUACAUUAUAUAGUAUGUGAAUUAUAGCUCAAUAAAGCUGUUAUCCAAACAAAACAAAAA